AUGAAUCUCCCCGCCCUUCGAGAUGUCCUGCCCGCGGAAUCGUACCCUUCCAAAACGAGGCCCUACACCAACCCGCUGCCUGGGCCCCCUUCCUCUUUCGGCAUUGAUGCAACGCGCAGACCGGCAACGAUUCACCCGCCUAUGGUGUAUACUGACGAAUCCAUCCACCCCCCAAUGGUCUACCACUUCGACCCCACCCACCAGCCAUUACCCUUCCGUCCUCCCCACCGCAUCAGCAAUGGCUAUCCGCCUCCUCUCCGUCAACCGUACGAAGGGCUGAGCCCGACAGACGGACAACCUACUCCCCCUCGCACCAUUUCUCCACGCACCGCUUACCAUGACAUGCCCCGCACAGCUCAAGACCACACGGUGGAUGGCACUUUCCAGCUGAGACCACUCGUCCCGAACGGGCAUCUCCAUGGACACCAAGUCCUUGGCCACCCGCACGACGAGGCUCCUCCUGCCAUGCAUGCCGUCGCAUCGUACCCACCACCGAGCAGAAAUUCCAUCCCGAUUGCCCAGCCUGGCGGCGAGGACCACGGCAAGUACCUUGGCAUUGAUCAAAGACGUGGCGAAGGCAAGAUGCAUGUUUUUGAAGACGGGUACCGCAUACCAUUCCAAGUCGAUGGCGAGCUGGUCAAUCCGGCUUGGGGUUUGACCAAGGUGAACAAGCCUCGCAAACGCUUGCCGAUUGCUUGUCUUGGCUGUCGGGAGAAGAAGAUCAAGUGUGAACCGGGCAGGACAAGUUGCAUACAGUGUGAGAAGGCCAUGCGCGAAUGUCGGAGGGCUCCGGAAAAGUACGCCCAGCCGGAUACGCUUUCGAAUACUCAUUACAUCGGCGGCUCGCCGGUGCGAAACGAGGCGUCUGCGGUUGACACUGUACGCGCCGCACACCGCAAUAGUGACUUUGACUCGGUGAGCAAACGUCGAAACAGGGCAGACUCUCCGAGGAGACUCGAGCCGAGCAAAAAGCAAAGAGACGUGUCGCCGGCGUCCGAAGAUGCUUCGGACAGAGACAACCGUACGCAGCGAGCACGCGCAGAAGCGCAUGCAGAGGGUGGCCAGACGGACACAUUGCUCGACAAAAACGCAUUUUCCCUGGAAAACGACCCGUACGCCGUUGAUCCCGAACUGACCGUGCAUCUCGUUGAGAUGUACUUUGCGAAUGUCGACAACAUCGUGCUCCCUCGCCUCCAUAUCUUGCAGUGGUUGAAAACUUCACCGAACAAGUGCACCAACGAGAAAGCCAUUCUCUACGCCAUGCUCGCAACGGGCUCCGUUUUCGCCGGCCCAAGUUACGAAAAGGUGGGAAAGGAGUGCUCCCGGAUUGCCAACACACCCAUGACGCAUCAAACCGGGACCAUUCGCGUAUCUUCCAUAAUCAGAAAGCUACUUCAGGCUUGUUACCACUACACUCAGGACGACCAUGAGAACUCCGCAGAAUGUGUCGGCUCGGCGGCUCGAAAGGUGGCGACCAUGCAUUUGAAUACGGAAGAUGGGUGCUUGGAAGACGCCUCCUCCGAAGGCCAACGAUUCGAAUUUGGAAUGUCGGCGACACAGCUGACGGAGUGCAAACGUCGCCUGUUCUGGUCGGUCUUCAAGUGCGACCGACUGUCCAGAGAGACGGCGUGCAUGUUGAGGUCUGAAGACGUCUUCCUUCGUCUGCCGUGCUCGGACAAGACAUAUGAAAGCGGCGCGCCGUCGAACGCGCCCUUCUUUGCAAACGACAUCGCGGAGUCUAGUGGUGCACAAACGGGGUCGUCCAGUGAUGCUUCUCCAAUGGCAUGGCUCCUGCCGGUCCUCGCAGUAUACGGCGACGUCGGCGACUUCAUGUUCCGCGCUUCUCACCGAUCCGACGCCACCUAUCGCGACGCCUACGAGGCCUUCUACACCUCCACGCACAAGCGCCUGCAGGAAUGGCUCGAAAAUCUCCCCGACACGUUCGAGUACAAGCUGGGCAACCUCGAGCGGAGUCUGCGCGAGGGCUACGGCGACACCUUCAUCCUCGCGCACCUCCUCUACCACUUCACGCUGGCCAAGCUCAACCGCUACGUCCGCCACCGCCUGAUCCCCGACUCGGUAGUGCGCAACAUCCGCGCGGCCAACAACCACGGCCACCAAAUCCUGCGCAUCGUCAACGCGCUGCAGGACACCAUCGCCACCAGCCCGGCCAUCGCGGACGCCGACACGCCCUACGCGUGCAGCAACCCCUUCGUCGGCCACGUGGUGCUCGCCGCCAUCGACAUUGUGUCCGCCGGCGGCCUCGACUCGGACUUGCGCGCCACGCAGAACGAAAUCUACGGCGCGCUGGCGUACCUGCGCACCCUGGAGCGCUACUGGUUGCCGAUUCACGGCGUGCUCCGGGACUGCGAGACGCGCUACUACCAGGUGGAGAAUGUGGUCAAGAGCCCGCGCAACGCACGCAGCGGGUGUUGGCUGGGGCGCAAGUGGGGGAUCAAGAGUCCGUUGGUGUCGAUGGGGGAGGCGCGGGAUGAUUGUAUCUAUGGGCUUGGGGAGCAAGAGGCGGACGAGGCGGAGCAGAGGUACUACGAUGCUUUUAUUGAGGCUUGA